CCUCUCUAAAUUAUUCCGUGAUUUAUUCAAUUUUCAAAUUUUGACUUUUUGAUCACCCGGUAUUUCUCGUAACUCGUUAUUUGGAUACACUUUUACCCACAGUCGCCUUUGUGUUUUCUUCUUCUGUUACCUUUUCAUCAUAAACGCAGCACAAACUGCCAGGCAAAUGAGGGAUGCGUAGCAGUUUGCUUAAGCGAUGAGGGAACUUGUAGGAUUUUCCGUUCUUCGCAGUCAAGUCCACAAUUAGAGCCUGUCGAAGGGAAAGUCAUGUUUUUUGUUAUCAUCGUAUUUUGAAAUAUGUUUCUGAGAUGAUAAUUUGAGGCUAGAAAUUGACGAUUUUUCCUCUGAUAUCGCAGUGAUCAGAUUACUAUUAGCACUUACCAAUUAAUUUCACAGUUCACACGUUGUAAGAACAGGCUACAAUGGUUAUUUUGCUUGAAUAGCAGUUACCAUUUGUAACAUCGCAAAAUGGGUGGGACAACAUCAUCUGUAGUGAGCCUUGUGGUUGCGGCUGUUCUAUGGGGCUGCACUAAUCCAUUCAUCAAAAAAGGAAGUUCAGGGGUAGAGGACAUUAGUGAAAAAUCUUCUACCAAAAAGUUUUUUAAAGAAGUUAAAUUCCUAUUGAGUAAUUGGAAGUACAUGACACCUUUCCUUUUAAACCAGAGUGGUUCACUGUUUUACUUUUUGGCUCUUCAAAAUACAGAAAUGUCUUUGGCAGUUCCAGUAGCAAAUUCCCUCACAUUUGUGUUCACUGCAGCUACAGGUUGGAUCUUGGGAGAAAGCUUACCCAAUGCCAAGACCGUGUGUGGCAGUACAUUGAUAGUGUGUGGAAUAUCACUUUGCUGUGUGGACAAAUUCCUCAUGCAAAAUGGAGGAGGUGGUGCUGGAUGAAGCUGUGGUAUCAUUUUUGUAUUUGUUUCAUAAAUGGGACGGUAUAAAAUAAAAGAUUUCUUUACUGCG